AUGUUUUGGAUAUUUUAUAUUAUAGGAUUAGUCUAAUCAACGUGUUCAUACAGCAAUUUUGAUUAAUUCUAAUUAAGUAGUGACAGCUUUUAUCAAGAAUAGAAUUAUGUAAGAGGAAAUCCCUAUGCAUUUGGUGUAUGGACACAAUAUGCUCCUCUUAGAAAAAAUUUCUUUGCACACAAAUUAAAACCAUAUCUUGAUUCAACACGUAGUCUUGAUGGGUUUCAUAUUCUUAAUUUUCAAAGCGGAGGAAGCAUACAAACAUUGUUCUAUUAAUAGCCACUUUAUGUUACAGGAAACCCAACAUUAGUCAUUUUAUAAAAUACAUAGUCUGGGGUCUUGUCCUCUAAGAUUCAGGAGGGACUCUAUUAUUAUGAGGGAUAUUGGGUUUUUACCUAUUUUAGUUUUAACUAUGAUAACAAAUACAAUUUUGCAUCAUAUAAUACAGGGGAUGAUCGUUUUUAAAAUUUUUUGGUCACAAAUAGAAAAUUGAAAACAUAAACAACCAAUGCUAAAUUAGAACAUGGAGGUUAAGGCUUAUAUGUCAUAGGUACUAGUAGUUACAAUCUAAAUUUAUUUUUGGGAAGGAUUUCUAUAAUUACUACAUUUGAAAGCUCAAUUACUUUUUUCAUCAAUACAGAUAAGGUUAAAUUUAAAUAAUUUAUUUAAUAAUGCUAAGUUCCUUCAGCAUGUUAAAAUUCUGUGGAAUUAUAUUUCUUUAAUGAAACCUAUAAUAAGCUUAACUAUUCUGUUGGCAGUUAUCAAGUUGAUCUUCCAGGAUAAAUCUAUGGGUUAGGAUUUUGGAUGAAGAGAGAUUCUUAAAAAAUCAACUCACAAAGAGAAAACUUAAUAUCUUUUGGAGGUAAUUUUGCAACUUUAGAUCGAUUUUACUAAUUAGCAUUGUAUUGGUAAAUGAUAGAUCAUGAUGUGAUUUUAAUGCACAGUCUAGAUCUUUAUUAUUUAAUACCUAUAGAAAAGCCAACAAUCAAUCGAAGUUAUACUGCAGAAUUAUAUUUUAGUUAACCUAAAAAAAACUUCGAAUAAUGGAGCUAUUUUUAAUAUUUUUUUAAGAAGGUUGGACAAACUGAAAUUGUAUAACUUUUUCUGUUUUAAUCCUGCUGUGACAUUAGGGACCUAUAUUAUAUUAUGGAUUAUCCUUAGUUUCAAUAAUAUUCUAAUUAUCAGGCCACAAUAACGUUAUUCACAGAAUAGAAAGAUGUAAAAAUACUGCCUUUUGAAGGUUUGAUUUCAAAUUUAAGAUUUAAUUACUGUUACUCUAUAGAUUAUGAUUUCGAAAUGUAUUCAGACAUAAAUUGCAAUUUACAAUGUCAAACUUGCACAGGGCCUACCAAAUAUGAUUGUACUUCCUGUUAUGAUGAAUAAAAUAGAUAUUUGUAAACUGAUCUUCAUUACUGUUAUUGCAAAACAAAUUAUGAGGAAGCAGGUGGUUUAAUAUGUCAAUUUCUAUUUCCUAAUAAAUAGAGUUGUAUAAAGAGUUCAAUAUAAUUGAAUUAUGGCUACUUUGAAGUAUGGAAGGAUUUGAAAUUCUUGGGAUGCAUUAAAUGUCCCUAUUUUGGUCAAGGUCAUAAUUCAGUAAAUUGCAUAAACUGUAUACUCAAUUCUCACAAUUGGUAUUUAAACCCAAUUUGUGAUAUUGAUUACAGAACUGAUGACUCUGUAUUCUAUUAUGAUGAAUAAUUAGAUUAUUAAUCCUAAGAAAUAUUUAUAAUCGAUUUUGAUUUGAUGAUUUAUAGAAUUGUGUCCUGGAUGUGA